UAUGAAACACACUCCUGAAUGUUUGAAAGGUGGCAGGUGAACGUAGGUUGUUUACAGCUUCACAGUGAACAGUUUCAGUAGUUAUCUUGGUAGCAAGUUUUCAGGAUAGAAAAAAUAAUCCAAACAUCCAUAAAACAGCUGAAACCUCUCUGUAGCACACUUCACAUCUCCACUGUCAGUCCAUAUGCUCUGUAUGUUCUUAACACUCAGUUUCACCUAAACACAGCACCUGAUGCACCGAUUAUAUGAUUCUGAUGUUUUUAUUCUCAACAAUAAAUAGUAUUAAAAGUACAAAUAAGAUAAUUAUUUGCAUUGUGAUCUUUUUAAAUGUAAUAUCUCUGUUCUUGGUUUUUCAUGACAUGUUUUCAGAUGUUCAUUCAGCAGUGACUCUCAAAGUGAGUCCUGACAGAGUGCAGCACUUCACCUCUGACUCUGUCUCACUGAGCUGUGAAGGAAACUUUACUAAACCGAGAGUGAGGAUUUUUUCUAAGGGUCUCUACUGGUCAGUCUGUAACUGGAGGUCCAUGACUGGAUCCACAUGCAACAUCGACAGUUCAUGGCAGAGAGAUGCAGUGUACUGGUGUGAGUCUGGAUCAGGAGAGUUCAGCAAUGUCGUCAACAUCACUACACAGAAUGCAGAUAUUAUCCUGGUGAGCCCUGUGCAUCCUGUGACUGAGGGACAGUCUGUUACUCUUGGCUGCAAACUGGUGACAGGAGAAUUACUUUCCAACGUGUUUUACUAUCAAAAUGACAAACUUAUCCAAAAUGAUACCAGAAGAGAGCUGAAUAUCUCUGCAGUGUCAAAGUCAGACGAAGGUUUCUACAAGUGUAAAUACUCAGGAGAAGAAUCAGCACAGAGUUGGAUGUCAGUUCAGGCAGUGUCCAGGCCUGAAAACUCUUCAUCUCUUAUUCCAUUAAUUGUUGGGCUGGUUUGUGGAGUUGUAUUUAUUAUUCUCCUGAUCCUGUUGUAUCACUACAGACGAUCCAAAGAUUCUCACUCUGUCAGACCAAUCCAGUCUGAGAGCACCAAUCAGGACUCUGCCACACAUCACAUGGUCAACCUGAAUGAAACUCAAGAUCAAAUAUACAAUUCUCUUGUCCAUGGUGAUGUUUGUGUCUAUGAAUCAAUCAGAGGCUCUGAAGACCCUGAAAACGGUAAAGUAUAAACCUUAACAUGGAGCAGUCUGAAAUGCAACUAUUGUAUAAUUUAAGAGAAAAUCAUUUACAAAACAAAACCAUGUAACAACAAAUCUCCUUUUCACAGAUCCAGACUAUGUCAGGUUGGUACAAACCUCUCCUCUCUUUUAUUAUGAACAUAACAGCAGUACCUUCAGUUGUCUAUAUAUCUGUCUAUAU